UUCAAAUUUCUGCACAAUGCGUUGAAAAGUGUAAGCCCGUAUUGACUCUUGCUAAUAAUAAAUAUGCUGUUUGAAUAUAUGGGGCAACCCAUUCAAUUCCGGCUAGUGGAACUAAAUGAAGGAGAAGAAUCUGAACUAAGCGAACUCAUAAUAGCCAACGGAGGAGUCGUAUCCGAAAACUCGUUGAUAAAAUUUACUAGCAAAAAUGCUUACAUUGGAGGCGGGGAUGCAUAUCUCGUGGAUUUCAUACGCGAUUGCGUAAAGCACAACAAAAUCUUGGACAUAACAGAAUAUAAGUACGGAGCCAAGGGAAUUGGAUGUCCAAUGAGCCAGUUUUUGACAGGAAGCACAUCGUGCAUGGUGUUGGCCAACAUGGAUGCAACUUUGUGUCCUUCCCAUCGUUCCACAUUGUUGGAUAAAAGCGUCAAAAUGCCAAGACUCAUUAACGAUCAAGUCAGAAUAAAAAAUGAGCACAAUUAUGGAGAUAAUAUUGUGAGUGUAAAACACUUUCCUGACAUGAAAAUUGAGGAGGUGAUGCUGCCGACAACAGAUACGGAAGGCUCCGUAUCAGACUCAAUGUUUUAUCCUGACGAAUCUCAAUCACUUAACGGUUGUCUGCGGUUAGAUAGUGAUGUUGCAAAUCGAGAAACGUUCGGGAGUGAACUGGUUACCGACGUUCCAUCUCCGGUGAGAUUCGAGGAAAAAGGUUACAACGACACUUCGAAUGAACUGGAAACUGAAAGUAGGAAAGACGUUGAAAAUAUUCAUUCCCAGUUACCAGAUGAUUCCAACCGACUCAGUUUACUCGGUGGAACAAGAAUCGAUGAUAUUCUCAAAGCGGAAAAUUUUCGAUUGACUUCUUCCGACAGUGACGAAACAAUUGAGAAUAAUACAUCGUCAUGGAUCGAAUGCAGGCGAAAAAAGUCGUCCGAGACGAGUAGUAAUGACGAUACGGCGUGGUCGUCGUCACAAGACGAAACAACUAAUGUCACAAGUCGGACAAAAGGAACCAAAGUACAACAACCAAGCUGCUCCACCUGGACAGGAACUAGAAAAUCGAUAUCCAAGAAUAAACCUUCGAUACAAGGAAAACCGACAAGAAAGAGUGAGAACGAAAUAAUAUCCGUGAGUGACAGUGAUUCUGAUACGUCAGACAAGGGUCCCAAUCGUUUUCCAAUUUCCACCAACAGACUCCAUCACUAUAAUAGAAUAGUACAAUCUACGGCAAGACGACGUCGUCCCAUACAUAGAAAUUUUGAUAGCUGGGAACAGCAAGAGAUGGUGAAUUACCUAAUCAAAAACGACUUUAUCAGCGAAGGACGCGGAAAUAGGGUCUGGAAGCAGAUGAUCGAAGAAGGGCUGCUGAAACACAGGACCGUUCACUCCCUCAACAAUCACUUUCGGAGAUACAUCCUGCCAAAUAUUCAUGUAUAUAGAAUGGAUAGCGAGAGUCGAGAAAAGUUUCGACGUCUUAAAGAAUAGAUUUAAUCAUAUCCAAUAAAAAGAUCUAUUAUUUUUCUA